CAAACAAAACAAAAUUGGGUUUCCUGUGUACUGUGAUGGUCAGCGGCWGACAGACUUUACCAUUCGACCAUGUUUAAAAUGUCGUGAUUAUAGAAGAGCAUAUUGUCCACUUUUAAAGCACUUUAAUCUAGAUUUUUAACCAUUUAACGGACCYAAAAUGGGUGAAAAUGAAAAGUAUGGCUACGAGCAGACUUUGAUGUAUGGCCAGUUCACAACAACCCAGCUUCAGAAGUAUGCUAAGGACCAAGCUGCAAGGCUUAGAAGAGAAUCGAAAGACAGAAAAAGAAUUCAAGCAGAACAAGAUGAUGAUGACCUUAAAGCUUAUCAAGACACAAGAUUGGGGUCAAUAAAAAGGUUUAUUCAUCGUAUGAGACCAUGCUGGAUACGUCUUGGUAGUGAUUGGGUGUUUUUGUUUUUACUUGGUCUUAUUAUGGCCUUGAUUAGCUUUGUAUUAGAUUUGGCCAUUGACAAAUGUCAAUCAGCCCAUAUUUGGUUGUACAAACUCCCCAAGAAUGUGUUUGUACAGUACAUUGUGUGGGUCAUGUUCCCUCUUGUCCUUGUGUCUUUCUCAGUGGGUUUUACUCACCUUGUCUCGCCGCAUGCAAUAGGUUCUGGUAUUCCUGAAAUGAAAGUCAUUUUAAGAGGAACUGUACUGUCCAGAUACCUCUCCAUGCAUACACUCAUUGCUAAAAUUGUUGGGCUAUUGACUGCACUUGGUAGUGGUAUUCCCAUUGGUAAGGAGGGGCCAUUUGUGCACAUUGCUAGCAUGGUUGCAAGAUCAAUGGGGAAAUUUGUGGGUUCUUUUAAAGGGAUAUUUACUAAUGAAUCUCGUAACACAGAGAUGCUUGCAGCAGCUUGUGCUGUUGGUGUAUCUAGCUGUUUUGGCUCMCCUAUUGGUGGUGUCYUAUUCAGCAUUGAGGUAACAGCAACAUAUUUUGCGGUGCGUAACUACUGGAGGGGUUUCUAUGCUGCUGUUUGUGGUGCUUUUGUCUUCAGAUUGUUGUCAGUCUUCGACAACGACGAAGAAACCAUCACUGCGUUGUUCAAAACUAACUUCAGGAUUGACUUCCCCUUCGAUGUUGAAGAGUUUAUUGCCUUCGCAUUAAUAGGGUAAGCUGAACAUUAGAAGAGUGAUCACAAAAAGCCACAUAAUGGUCAUAGAUAAAUUAUUUWAAAAAAUCUCGUCUUUUCUUGUUGUUUUCGUUGUCAUUCAUUCAUUAUGGUCCCCGUGGAGAUGAUGAAGGGYAUUCUUUGCAAAUUUUGUUGCCAUAUCUGAGUGAGGACCUCCAGGCCGUGCGGUCUGGGGCGGUGGUGUYUCGUAUAUUAAAKGGUCGGAUAUACUCUG